AUGACCGAAUGCACCCCAUCUCAAAAGAUCUUCACCUACACAUCCUUUAACAUCUCAGCCCUACUGUCAAUUGCAAAGUCGAUACGAAAGAAACGAUGCACUUGCGACGAAUCGCAACGGCCCAUGGGGGGCAGUUUCAACUGGGCCAUCUUCCUUGUCUUCGAGGACGGAGUUGAAUGGGUAUUCCGGCCGCCGCGGACAGCGUUCGGGCUUCGAAAAGACACUGCAAGAGAGGUGCUGGUGAGCGGCGUGACGACCCUCAAAUACAUUAAACAGGUUGGGAGCAUCCCUGUUCCCGAGAUCUAUGCGUUCAGCCCUAACAGUCAGAAUGGGGUUGGUGUGCCGUACAUGUUGAUGAGCAAGGCUCCCGGUGUCCCUCUCAGUACCUAUCAGUGGAGCGAUGAGACAAUCGGGAGCUCUCCCUCCGCAACCCUAACCAUAGCCCAGAAACAGAAGACUAUGGAACAGCUCGGCGAGAUGUAUGCGCAUCUGUCGAAUAUCCGUUGCGACAAAACAGGCUCCAUGUAUCCACAAUACGAAGAAGGAGGAAAAUCCUCCUAUAGGAGCUACGCCCCGGAGUACGGGGACAGCCAGGCCUACCGAACUGCCACCGAUCGAUGGAACGACUACGUCGCCGUGGAAGCCAAAGCCGAAAGUAUGCCGAACAGACUGGACUACACGUCGGUAGGCCAGUCGCUGCAAGAGAAGAUCCCCGCGCUGGUCGAGCGCGAUCGUCCCCUUGUCACCACAUGUCCGGGGGCGACGAGCCUUCCCGCUCUGAAUAUUACUUGCGUUCUUGACUGGGCGUUCGCGUCGUUCGUGCCCCCGUCUCUGCUGCUCGUUCUGGUAGAGCCUUUCGUCAGGGCCUUUGUCGCUGCGCACGGCUUCGAUGGAGCGGUCGAUGCGCCACGGCAACUACUCCCCAGUGGCUCUGUUCUCUGGGCAUUCGCCCGGCUCGUCAAUCUCGAUGGCCUUCAAGAUUAUGUGUACUUCUCGGAAUUUCUCCACCACUUCAUUGGCAAACAGCACGAGGAGGAGGAGGAAGAGGAGGAGGCUAUCCACCUGCAUCUCCGUCGGAUAAAGGACUGUGAGGAGUACCAAGAGGCGUCUCGCAUCCUCUCAGCCUACGAUGAAGAAAAUCCCCGUAAACCGGAUGAAAAGCACUAUUUCACCUGCGUGGGUCGCGAACGAUUCGCGGUAUCCCAGCAUCUGACGGUGAUGGCAGAAUUGAAUCCAACCUUUGUAGCGGAUCGGCGACUCUGGAAAUGGAUCGCACAGUAUCUGCGGGAGAGAGAAUGAUAAAGUGUACCGCCCAAUCGGUACGUUGUGAUAGGAGUCGGAAGCGCAGCUUGGGCGAAGCGAACGUACUCCGCUUGAGGAGAUGUCGUUUCCAAAAUAUGUCGAUUCCAGAAUAUCCACCGCUCCAUACUAUAGCCCGGCUUUCCCUGCGCCCUGUCGGAAAAAAUGGCCGCGGGCCAGGGUCUCAAGACACGUUCACCCGUGCCGUGCCGGCCAUGCUUGUUCAGCUCGGGCGAUUCACCAUCAGGAUAGUGCUGCCGACCCGUUGAUUUGGCCCGAUGAUGUCGGGUGGAAUACCUAGUGUCUUUUCUUCCGGUUCGCUUGCCAAAGCCUCAAUACCUUAGAUCUGGGUCUUUUCGUGUAUGCGAGGAACGAACGGCGGAUUCAGACGGUGCUGGUGGUUGGUGAGAAAUGGGCCGUGUUGACUGCGAAGGAUUUGGGAUAUCAGGAUAAGGCGUUGAAGAUGAAAGUGCCGGAGUACUAUGCGCCUGGCGAGA